GCGCCCCGGGCUCGAGACUGAGCGCACGCAGCAGCCACCGGCGCAUACAGCAACCCGUUGCGCGAUCGGUGCAACGGCCACCGCAACCAUGAGGCAACACCUUCUGGCCGUCUUGGCCUUCUUCGCUUUUCUGUCCCUGUCUCUCGCUGCAUCACCCACGUCCUUCUGCAAGUGCACCUGCUUCGGCAACAGCACCAUUGUCGCUCUCGACGGGCCCCGGGCAACGUCCAAACCAAACCUCGAACUGCGCCCGCGCGCGAGCAGAAAGUCUUGCAACGACUGCAACCGCCAGUUCUGCUUGAGCUACAGCUUCUGCAAGGGCGAAAAGGAGGAGAAGGUCUUCACGACCUGCUUCCAGCGAGACUCGACCAAAGACCAGGUGGUGGUGCUGUCAUUCAUCGCGGCGACAGUGGGGCUGCUGGGCUAUGCGGCUGUCAGGCCCUGGGUCGACCAGUGGAGAGAGCGCCGCCAGAGCUACAUGCCCGUCUCAGAAGGGAAUCGAUAGAGACAGAAGCAGGUGAUGGUCGAUAUGCAAUUACAGACACCAAUGACAGA